GUUAGCUCGUAGUUGCCUUUGUGAAUAUUUAUAUUCUGUGAGCAGCAUCGUUUAAAGCUUUUACAAUAAAAGAUUGUUAAAACUGAAACUGGCGGUACGCAACAAAAGAUGUUAUUGGUGGCAAUAUUUAUUCAGUGGACUUUAGUGGAAGUUGCAUCGUUUCAACUUCGACUAGAAGGAGGGGGAGGACCGGAAGAAGGGCGCGUGGAAGUAUUGUAUAAUAAUAGCUGGGGAACAGUCUGUGAUGAUGGUUGGAAUGAAAAAAGUGCCUCAGUUGUAUGUCGACAACUUGGAUACGCCGGAUCUAACGCCGUUGGGAUCGGUGAAGCACGUUUUGGAGAAGGUAAUGGCACUAUUUGGUUAGAUGAUGUUAAAUGUAAUGGGUGGGAAUCUGAUUUAGCCGAUUGUACUCAUGUUAGUUUGGGUACUAAAGAUUGUACACAUGGUGAAGAUGCAUCCGUGAGGUGUAAAAAAGUAAGAUUAAUUGGGGGAUCGACGUCCAAGGAAGGAAGAAUAGAGAUGCUAUACAAUGGUACAUGGUCAAGACUUUGUAGUGAUGGAUGGACACUUAGAGGGGCACGUUCCAUUUGUACAGAUCUAGAAUUUAAUAGCAAUGGAGGAGAUCCCGAAUUUAAUGUUAAUUUUGGUAAUGGUUCAGGUCCCAUGUUGGUGGGGAUAUAUAAACAGAUCUGUGGAGGAUCAUCUUCAGGGAACUGCAACCCUAUUUUUAUUAAAACUGGACAAUGUAAUGGAAUGCAUGAUGCUUCUGUAGUUUGCAAAUCUGUUUCAGUACGGUUAUGGCACGGUUCAGGGCCCCAUGAAGGGUUGGUAGAAGUGUUUUAUAAUAAUGAAUGGGGAGCCGUCUGCAAUGAUAGCUUUGAAGAUACAGAAGCAUCUGUUGUAUGUAAACAACUUGGAUAUAUUUCUGGUUACGCGACUAACAAGUUUACCAAGGAUUUUGUACAUGGCAGAGACAGAAUAUGGAUGACAAACGUUAGCUGUGGAGGAUCAGAAUCUACAUUAACAGAAUGCUCUCACAUCAUAUGGAAUGCCACAAAAGAGUGCAACCCUUUAAAACUGUCAGCAGUGAUUUGUCAACGACCUACCGACUGUCCGGCUGAUAAGGAUUCGAAAGGAACGAAAUGGUCAGAAAUACCACCAAAAACAACUGUUGAGCAGCCUUGUCCAUUUGGAUAUACAGGAAAUGUAUCUAGACAUUGUAAUAAUAAAGGGCAGUGGUUGGUGGUGGAUUAUGGUUCAUGUGUUCUAAAUAAACUGAAAACAAUCAUUGAUCAGAUUGAAGAGAAUAAAGUGACGGAACCAGCGAAGUUGAUACCUAUUUUGACUGAAAUAACCAAACAAUCCAACGCAACGACAGAUGACAUUCUUCUUGUUACUCGUGUUGUAAAAAAUCUUACAGCACUUAUUGAUAGAAUAUCACAAAAUACAAAGGAGGCUAGAGAUAUAACUAAAGCAUUUGUUAAGGAAUUUAUUAUAUUGGCGAACAGCAUAUUUGAAGUCAAGCUGUCUGGAAGACUGGAGACACAACAAUACAAGAAUGGCCGUGUAACGGAAGUUUUAAUGGACACUUUAGAUUCUGUUGGUGAAAUUGCUGGGCGUUAUCUACUCGGUGGGAAUUCAGAGACGUUUCAUUCAGAAAACAUUGUAUUAUCUAUUGGCAAAAUGGAUCCGUUAAAUAUCAAUGACAUCAACUUUCCUGAUGACCUAUAUACCAAUGACAGUAAUAUUCCCAAAAACAGCAAUAUGACUGGUGUAAAGACAAUGGUUCAUAUACCAAAGGAAAGCUUUCAAGAUCACACAGAUAAUGGAUCAAUUAUCUACUCAGUAAUUUUGUACGAAAAUAUUCCAGAUCUAUCAAAUAAUACUAACAGUGAUUACAGCAAUUUUGUUGUUAAUUCUGAGCUAUUGGCUGUCAAUUUGUAUGUAAAUGGUAUAGAUACAACUAAACUUAAAGGAAAUGUGUUGUUGACAUUUGCACAUCGAAACGCUACUUUAAAGAAUGCGAUUUGUUCUUUUUUGGAUUCUAAUAAUGUAUGGGACAACGAGGGAUGUCAAGUAAAACAAACCAACCAGAAUUCAACCAUUUGUUCCUGUGAUCACCUCACUAACUUCGCCAUUUUAAUGAAACCAGUUGGAAUCAGCGAAGAUGCGACUUAUCAUCAUCAAGUGCUUACUACAAUAACUUUAAUUGGAUGUUCCAUCUCCUUGUUCUGUUUAUUUUUGGCCCUCGUUAUCUUCAUCGCUGUUUGGAGAUUUAUCAAGUGUACGCGGUCGGUGGUACUGGUUAAUCUUUGUGUAGCCUUGUUCAUAGCCCUCCUACUGUUUGUUGUGGGCGUAGAUAAGACAUCAAAUAAGGAUUUGUGCACGGCAAUAUCUGUUGGAUUACACUAUUUUUAUCUGGCUGUUUUCUUUUGGAUGUUAUUCGAGGGUAUACAGAUUUUAUUUGCCACUCAUGUUGUAUUUCAUCAUUCCGGUAGAGAUGCCAUCUUUUUGAUCUUAGCCUGGGGAAUACCGUUAAUAAUAGUGAUUAUAUCAACGGCUGUGACACGGUUUAAGGGCUAUGGAAACGAGCAUUUUUGUUGGUUGUCAAUAAAGGGUGGUCUAAUCUGGGCGUUCAUUGUUCCAGGAUUAAUUGUUAUUAUGAUCAACGCUGUAAUAGUAGUGAAAGUAAUCCACGUUCUGAUGACAACCAAAUUUAUGAUGAAAAAAGAUAUAAAAGAGAAAGCCAUAGUAGCUGUAAGAAGUAUCUGUGUGUUAUUACCAGUGAUGGGUAUAUCAUGGGCUUUUGGUAUAUUUGCUGUAAAUGGAAAGGGGAUUGUAUUUGAAUAUAUAUUUACUAUAUUCAACACACUACAGGGAUUUUUUAUCUUCAUGUUUCACUGCGUGUUCAAUAGAAAGGUGAGGGACGGCUUGGCCAGUGUUAUUCGACCUUAUAGAAUUAAACACACGGAUAUGUCUGAGCGUAAGUGUAGUGCUGCUAACGAUAAUAUAACCUUGAAAUCGUUCGCCAAUACUAGUGUCAGUGUAGAAACGGGUCUUCCUACAAUGAUGGAAACAGCUGCAGAUGUUACCUCUGACGUUCAUACAAAAUGUUUAAAUACGAUGGAUUCGGAGCAUCUUUCUUCAUCAAAUCUUCAUAUCACGGAGACCGCCAUCAAUCCAAAAACGAGCGACCAAUCAUCGGGGAAUAAGGGCGGUAGCAAAAUUAGAAAAUAAUCAGUUGCUCCCAGAUAUCUAGCCGGAAUGAAAACAGUUGUAGCUAAUUAAAUUGAUUAGCUACAUCUACCAAUCUACAGUGAUCAGCAGAGUAAAUAGCCAACCUGUUCGACCAGAUCGGGCUAUUUCCGGUGGAUUAUAUGUAAAUAUAUUAGUUGCUUAUCGGUAUUUGCAUUUCCGACUCAUGGGUCAUUUAUUAAUUAAAAGACGCCUUUUAUGUUCUAGUAAUUUUCAUAUCAAUGUACUCAUGGUAUCUAUAAUCCGUUUGUUGAAAAACUGGGCGAUCUGAUGAUAUAUUUGGACUAAACCAUAUUCAAACUUUUUUAUCUAUCAAAAAUUUGAUUUGUCAAUCAAUCAAUCAAAUCUUUAAUCAGUAUUUAAGGCCUCUGGCCUAUAGUACAUAGUAGUGCAGUAUAAUAAAAUAUAUCAACUAUAUAAAACAUAAUUAUAUUACAACAGAUAACUAGUUGUUAUACUGUUAGCCUUAAAUACAUAUUCUGCUACAUUAUUUACAAUGUUUAUAUCCGACAUAGCUUUUAUAUACAAAAGUCAAUGUUAUUACAAUAGGAUGAGUCGAUCUUUGGCAUAAGUUGUGAUCUAAGGUCUUUAUACAUUUGACAAGAUACAAUGAAAUGAAUUUCAUCUUCGAUAGUCCAGCCACCCGAUUAUAUUUUAUUACAUACUUCGAGAAGGUAUUUGUUGAGUAAUAAAACAUUCUAGUAGUUUAUCGAGGGCUGGCCGUCCUUACCGCACGGUACAAAUAAAACCUUCUAGUAGUUUAUCGAGGUUCGGGUGCUUCCGGAGUCCAAAAUGGCCGCUUUAUAUAAAUGAGAAUUUGACAAGAUACAAUGAAAUGAAUUUCAUCUUCGAUAGUCCAGCCACCCGAUUAGAUUUUAUUACAUACUUCGAGAAGGUAUUUGUUGAGUAAUAAAACAUUCUAGAAGUUUAUCGAGGGCUGGCCGUCCUUACCGCACGGUACAAAUAAAACCUUCUAGUAGUUUAUCGAGGUUCGGGUGCUUCCGGAGUCCAAAAUGGCCGCUUUAUAUAAAUGAGAAUUUUGGGGAUAACUAGCCCACGUGACUCUGCCAUUAUUAUGCAAUUUUACAAGUAUAUUAUAACAAGCUUAUGAAAAUCUAUCAUUUGACAUAUAUAACAACUUAAACCAGUAUUUAAUACAGUUAAACAAAUAAUUUACUAGUAAAAUUUGAUUUAAAUCCCUCUCAAUCUCUUUACUUUUAUCAGUCUUGUUUAUCAUCUGAUUUCAUUGUACUUGUCGUUAACCGCUAAUCCUAAGUUAAUUCCUGGAUUAUCCUUUGCCCAUUUAUCAUAAAUAUCUAAAUUCCUGGAUUAUCCUUUGUCCGUUAAAUCUACAGGGCGUUUAAUUCUCUUAAUAUUCUCACAACCGUUAGCCAUUAGAUCAACCCAUUAGAUGCGAUGAUUACACCAUUCAAGGAGACAGACUGCCUUUCAGGGAUAUCCUUACAUUUUUGUCUUGUGCGCACCCCGCAUGUUUUUUUUUAUUUUCUUGGGGAAUUCGGUAUUUUACUAAUAAGAAUGGAUGUCCCCACUUCCAUAUAUAUAUAUAUAUAUAUAUAUAUACCAAAUUGCAUACUUUUAUUGGGAAUAUUGGGGUACGAGUGUAUGUAAAUAGACAGCGGACAAUGGUAUAAUUAUCAUUUGUAGUGUAUAUGCAUGGUUUUAUUCAUAUUUUGUUCCUUAUUAUCUACAUAUAAAUAAUUUGCUUGUUAAUUAUUUUGAUAUUGUAUCUAAUCUAAAUAUUUGCCUUUGUUAAUUAUUCUAAUCAUAUUAUAAACAGUGUUGUUCGGAAAAAUAAAAAUUCAAUGUUGUUUUCUUAAGACAAA